UGAUGAUAUUUAUACAUGUCAAAAGCGAGAUAUCUGUUUUCGUCAUUCCAGGUAACAGGUGUGGUGGCUGACUGUGUUGGCCAAGCUCAUUACAUCCUGUCUGGUACGUGGGACGAGAAAAUUGAGAGUGCCAAGAUCAUUCAGAGCAGCCGGGGUGGGAGUGGAUCAGAAGGCAAGCAGAAGACCAUCUACCAGACCUUGCCCCCCAAACUUUUGUGGAAGAAGUAUUCUCUCCCAGAGAAUGCUGAGAACAUGUACUACUUCUCAGCGCUGGCGCUGACCCUGAACGAGCCAGAAGACGGAGUUGGUGUGACCGACAGUCGUCUGAGGCCAGACCAGAGGCUGAUGGAAGAUGGGCGAUGGGACGAAGCCAAUUCAGAGAAACAAAGGUUAGAAGAGAAACAAAGAGCCGUGAGGAGGAGGAGAGAAGCGGAGGCCUCUGAUGCUCUGGAUGAAGGUCGAGAAUACGAAGGCUACCAGCCGUUGUGGUUUCAACAGAGGAGGGACUCGGUCACUGGAGAGACAAACUUUGUGUACAAAGGGGGCUACUGGGAGGCCAAGGAUAGACAGGACUGGACCAUGUGUCCCAAUAUAUUCUAACGCAGGACGCUUCCCCCCCCCCGCGCAUCGGAACCUCAGGAGACAGGGAGCUGCUCGGCCUCGGCUCCUCCGGCAGUGUGGUGUAGCAGGCUCACGAUAGCUCCACGUGGAGCUUUGUGAGCAGAAGGUGGUGAAUGUGACACACACACACACUCUUUGUACCUCCCAAUAUACACCCUCACUGCUCUUCAGAUGGAAACUACGAUGGGAUGUUCCUGUUCCCAGUGCGUGGAUGUGUGAUAACGUUGGACUUGUUAUACCACACUAAAAGCACCUGUUGAGGUGCUUUAACAUGGCACUUUUAAUCAUUCACCCGUACAGGUUUAGAUUGAGUCUGUAGAUGGCACCUUGCAACAAGAGAUUAAAAAAAAAAAAAAAACAGUCUCUCCCCAAGUCAGUUACAUUAAACAUCGUUUGUCAUCCUAAAAUGAGUUCUCGAUUACUCACUUUCUGAUUUGAGUUCUAAUUAGCGCUAAUCUAAUUCUUGCAUAAGAAAUUGUUAGAGUGAUUGUUUUUUUUUUUUGGGGGGGUUGUCGUCUCUCAACAGGAUACAACAGGUUUUAAUCAAAUUUAAAAUUGAGAUUUUUAAUUUGAGUUACACACAGUAAGUAUUGUAUCAUAUAUUGAAACCAUGCCAUGAAGCUUAUUUUCACAGUAAAUGUGCUUUAUUAUUACUUCCAAUGAUUUUUUUUUUGUUUCAGUGCCACAAUAGAAGAUAGUGAGUUUGCUUUAGUUGGAACAAACGAAUUGCCAAUUUGGCAUGAUGACAUACCUUCCUGAAAAAUGAACAACACUAGCUCUUGGGGGGAUAACAAAAAAAAAAAAACAUUGUAAUCGCUGUGAAAAUAAAUGGUUUGACAAUGGUGGAUUCAAAAGUGGCAAACAUUGUACAUCUCUACUUGGUAAUUAAUGUGUUGACUUGCAAACACAGCGAUCCCAUCGGAAUGCUGCAUUUCAUAUCCUGCGCAUACAACUUCUACUUCGUUAAAUCAUCUCUUUCGAGACUACACUAUGAACCUGACCUUGCAGGUUUUUAGUAGGAAAGUCAACAGGCAUGAUUUUCAAGUCCCUUCAGCAAUCCUAUUUGUUCCGAAUGAAUAUUCUAUGUUUGUAUAGGUGGUGUUCGAAUGCAUCACAAAGAUUGUUCAUGAGGACUCGCCGUUGUUUGGCGUACACCUCUGCAUAUGCACACAGAACUUGCGAAAGCACGUCCGCAUUCUUGCUGGAAAAAAAUGUCCAGUUUGAAUGUAACAUAGCUUUCCAUCGAAAUUCUCCGAUCGUGAAUGAAUUGCAAGUAUGCUUCAAAGCAGUUCAUGCUUCAGAAAGGGUUGUAGGAGCCAGUCCCACUUGGUACAUUUUUAAGAUUCUGUUGAAAUGCAUCCAUUUCGGGCAUCUUAUACAUGACUAGGCACUCGUCACUGUGCAUGAAAUGAGACUAGAACAUAUCGUUGUGUUCCUGCUGAUACGAAAUAUACUUUCUCUCGUCUUUUGGUGCUCUUCCAAGGCAUCACAUCCAGUGACAGCAUCCACCGUUCAGUACUAACGCAAUGUAGAUCCAAUGUCUCCCCAGUGUCGUCUUUUUAUACUGUAGUUGAUUUCAUUGGCCCUGGGUGAGCCUGGAGCCUCUGUCGGCAGCAGGUUAAAGGUCGUAGAAAAGAUCAGGGCUGGUUCCUUCUGAGCAGAAACCACAGAGGCCUUUGCUCCACGCUCACCGCAGUUCCAAUGUCUUGUCCGCAGUGUUUGUAUACUGAUCUGGGAUCAGCUUUUGAAAGUACCCUCAGUCUUUUGCCUGUAAUUGACUGGCCUGUGCACUACACAUCCAGUGGCAAGCUUUGGGGAAAAAAAACGGCAGUAUUUUUUUGUAAUUAUUGGUAGGAAUACAGAUUUCAAAGCUAGAGGUACUGUCAUGUUCCCUUUGGUCUAUUUUGUGUGUGAAUAUUUUGUGAUAAGAAAAUGAUCAUGUAAAAUAGUCCUAUGAGAAUGAAGUUAGCUGGACAGCAGAUUUGAAAUGCAGUCAUAAAAUUGGCAUUUUGAACCGCAACAUAUUCCAUAAUAAUAGAAGAAAACUCUGAGACACACUCAUUCGGUUAAGUAGCGUAGUUCAUGUUAAUAGCUCCAAAAUCACAGAAAAGAGGCCUUAUUUUACUAUAAC